AUGGAACCCUCACCGCUGACGCAGGACUCACGUCCUCGUGUGUUCCAGCCUAAGAUUAUACGCCUCUACGAAUCGCUCUUCACGCAAACCGAUGAGGACGACGACUUUGAGCUGUCCGAGGGCUUCUGGCAAGAGUUUUUUCUCCACAGACCUGACUCGGCUGGCCUCAAGCGCAUACUGGCCUCGGUCGCGCCCGACGAGAUGCUGCAUCAGCAGGCGCAUUCCCAACAAAUGUUUCGACAGGCCACCCUGCGCGUCAAACAGGCGCGCGCGCCCUCGGACGAGAUCGCACUCGAGACCCUGACCAUCUUCCUCGAUGCUGCCCUGACCAAACGAUACACCAACCCCAGCUCUGACAUCAUCUCGGUGCUGGCUGGUUUGCACGAUGCUGACGCGAUUCUGACCGACUUCGUGGCCACGCUCGACUCUACUGUGCGCAGUGGACGGAGCAUCGAGUUGCGCCUCAAGGCAGUGCGCGCCACGCUCUCCAUCAUGGCCGCCGGCUUCCAGACCGCCCUCCCUUCGUACUUCACCCACCGUGAUCUGUUCCCCGCCCUCGUCAAGUACGUUCAAGACUGCCCCAGUAGCGACGGGGUACUCCCGGCCUUUUACCUUCUCGGGCUCCUAUCCAACUACAACAAGUUCGAAUUCCAGAACCCCUACCGGCUGCGUCUGGAUGACUUCGUAAACGACGCCGUCAUCCAAGAGUUGAUUCGUUGCUUUGGAGCUUCCUGCCUCAAGUUACGGGAUGCGUACGUUGCGAUUCAAGACGAUAUGCCCGAGGGAUGGACGUUGGGCUCAACCCUCAACUACAUAGGACUAGGUGCACUCGCACCCAGCUCUCGGCCUGCCACGCCUAUACCAGCUCCAGAAGAGGCCAAGUCACUGUUUGCUGCCCUGCCUGGCCCAGAGAUUGGUGUGCUUCUUUCGACUUACGAAUUUGCGAAUGCAAACAAAGUCUUCUGCUUUCAUCUCAUGACAGUAGAUAUCAAGGAGAAGAAGGCACGCUCACCUUUCAGCGCUUUCCUGUCUCUGACUUCAUACCUGUUUCAGCAUGCACAUCGAUCUAUAAGAGCGACUCUGUACACUUAUCUCAGCCUUUUCAUACUUCAAAUUCUCGUCGAAGACCCGGGGACUGUCAAACGCUUAUGCAACGACGAAACAAAGAUAUCGGUCCGCUUAUGUCGCCAAAGACAGCCCUCUCUUCCACUCGUCAAGGGCGACCGAGUUGCAGCAGCCGUCAUGUUGGACUUGAUGGUUGACGGCAUCAACCACAAUUUGCGCCGGCGACUUGAUGUGGAUUUCUACAUUCUUUGUCUCGGCAUUACCCUACGGACACUUUCAUACAUCAGCCGUGCCAAAGUCCGCAUCGCCUAUCACUGGGCGGAGCUCUGGAAAUCAUUGUUGACUUUCAUACGUUUCCUGGUGACUUAUGCUGAGGAUGUAAAGACCAACUACCGAACUGCGGAAAUGAACAGCUUGGUCACCAACCUGCUCGCUUUUGCUUUGUCUAGCGGAGAGAAUUUCCUCCCAGACACAGCCUCAUACGAUGACUUGUUCUACAAACUUGUCGAGAGUGGUGACAUUCUUGUCAAGUUCCGAGACGUUUACGGUCGCGCCAAUGAACCAAGCUCAAUGCAGACACUUAUCAAUGUAUCAUCACAUUAUCAGUCUCUGCUCGAAAGUAGCAGGAAUGGGAAAGCAAAGAGCAAGCACUUGAGUCCUCAGGAAGUUAACAACAUUAUCAAACUCGGCUAUGAAACCUUGUCAAUCGAUGCCAGUGAAGGCUUGGAUAGAUCUGACAAGUUUCGGGAAGCGGAUUUCAAAAUAUCUUUGAAGAAGAUUGCAAGGGCCGCGGUUGAUGACGCAAAAUUGAUGAACGGCGAGCGCUAG